AUGAAUAAUUCUUCUUCUUCCUCUUCUUCUAAUUUUCUCUACAAUCUCAAUUUCAACACUUCUUCCCUCCCAUUCAACAUAAAUGACUCGGACGAGAUGUUGCUCUAUGGCCUUCUCGCACAAGUUGACUCAGACACUACCACCUUAGUAACAAAUAGUACUCCCAUGGCCGAGUCAACACCUUCAUCAAAGGAAAAGAAUUAUAGAGGUGUUAGGCGUCGGCCAUGGGGAAAAUUCGCGGCGGAGAUUAGGGAUUCAACUAGAAAUGGAAUUAGGGUAUGGUUAGGGACAUUUGAUAGUGCUGAAGAUGCUGCUUUGGCAUAUGAUCAAGCUGCUUUUUCAAUGAGGGGUACAAGUGCAAUCUUGAAUUUUUCAGUUGAAAGAGUUGUUGAAUCUCUACAUGAAAUGAAAUUUCAUGUUGAAGAAGGUUGUUCACCUAUUGUGUCUCUUAAGAAGAGACAUUCUAUGAGGAAGGAAAAAUUGAACAAGAAAAAUAAAAUCAGUAGGGAAGUUGUAAAAGAUGAGAGUAAUUAUAAUGUUAAUAUAGUAGUGUUUGAAGAUUUGGGUGUUGAUUAUUUGGAACAACUUUUGAGUUCAAGUGAUCAUAAAAGUACUAGUAAUGAUGAUUGCCGAGAGUCGUGGUGGGAUGAAUAA